AUGUUAUCAUUUAGACAUAUAAUAUCAAGACAGACAUUGCCAAGAAGUCUCUCUACAUCAUCAUCAUUGUACAGAUACUCAACUGCAACAACUAGCACCAGCACACCAAAUGAUGUUGAUCCACAUGGUGUAGUGGUCGGUUGCUUCGAAGACGCUCAAGAGUUCUCUGCUUUGGGCAAGGAGAUCAAUGAACAGACUGAUAAUCACUUGACAAAGUCACUCAAGUUGGCCAAUCAGACUGGAAAGCUGGGAGAUAGUCUGGUGCUCUAUAACGUCUCGCCAAAGUAUCCCCGUGUGGCCAUCGUUGGACUUGGAAAGCGUGCACCAUCACCACAAGACAGCGCUGCACCAACUUACAACAAGUUUGAGAACUCAAGACGUGCUGCUGGUGCUGGUGUCAAGUCACUCAAAGCUCGUGGCGCCACAAAGAUCGCUGUCGACACAUCCAUUGGCGACAUCCGCGCACUGUCCGAGGGUGCCAACCUCAGUGUCUUCAAGUUCAGUCUCAAGACUCAAUCAAACAAGUCAAACGGCAAUGGCAAUGGCAAUGGAAAUGACAACACACCAGUCGAUAUCAAACCAUACGAGUCAAGCGAGACUCAACCUGAGAAGGCAUGGGAGGACGGCAAGGUGCUGGCCGAGGCACAGAACUUUGCCAGGACACUGGCCGACAUGCCAAGCAACUUGAUGACACCAACUAUCUUUGUUGAGACUGUGCGCGAGAAGCUGAAGGACUUGAUCGCCGCGGGCAAGGUAGAGAUGAUUGUUAGAGACCGCCAGUGGGCCGAGGAGCAAAAGAUGGGCAUGUUCCUCGGUGUGGCCGUCGGAAGCGACCAGCCACCAUUGUUCCUCGAGCUCCACUACCGUGGCGCACAGAACAAGGACGCCAAACCAUUGGUCUACGUUGGUAAGGGUGUCACAUUUGACAGUGGCGGCAUCAGUAUCAAACCCUCGGCAGGCAUGGGCCUGAUGCGUGGUGACAUGCAGGGCGCGGCCACCGCCGUCGGCGCCAUGUAUGGCGUUGCCAGUUUGGGUCUGGACGCCAACCUGACCGUGUUGACACCACUCACCGAGAACAUGCCCUCGGGCAAGGCCACCAAGCCUGGCGAUGUCCUGACCGCCGCCAAUGGCAAGACAGUCGAGAUCGACAACACCGACGCUGAGGGCCGUCUUAUCCUCGGCGAUGCGCUCCACUACGCACACAAGUUCAACCCAGCGGCAAUCGUCGACAUUGCCACACUUACUGGUGCCAUCGAUGUGGCAUUGGGCUUCCAUCACACUGGCUGUUUCUCAUCCAGCGACGCACUCUGGAACGACAUUGAUCAGUGCGGCCAGACAGCUGGCGAGCGGAUGUGGCGCAUGCCCCUGCUGCCCGAGUACCGCAAGCAGCUGGACUCAAAGAUCGCAGACAUUGUCAACUCGGGCAGUCGCUCGGCAGGCUCCUGCACAGCCGCCAUGUUCCUCAAGGAAUUCGUUCAAAUUGAGAAGUGGGCGCAUCUGGACAUUGCUGGCGUGAUGUACUCCAACGAGGAGGGUCCAUACAUUGGCAAGGGCAUGACAGGCAAGCCCGUCCGCACACUGAUCGAGCUGGCCAGGAAACAACAUUAA